AUGACAAAGGUAGUCAAUGGGAUGAGUGUGCCACAAUUGUCAGAAAAUACCAAUUACGAUAAUUGGUCUUUGCAAAUGAAGGUUCUUCUUGGAUCCCAAGAUGUAUGGGACAUAAUGGAGGACGGGUACAAUGAACCCGCAGAUGAUGAGCAUCAGAUAGUGAACCAGAUUGCUGCAUUGAAAAAGACACAAGUGAAAGACAGAUCGAAUUUGUACUUUCUGUAUAAUGCAAUGGAUGAAUCUGGAUUCGAGAAAAUAGCUAAUGCAAAGUUAGCAAAAGAAGCAUGGGAAAUUCUGAAGGUGGCAUACAAAGGAGAUACCCGCGUGAAGCAGGUUCGAGUAAAAGCUCUCAGAAGAGAGUUUGAACAUAUGGAGAUUGAUGAAAAUGAGGGAGUUGUCGAGUUUAUAACUCGAGUGCAAAAGAUGUCCAACCAACUCGAAAUAAACGGAGAAGAGGUUCCUCCUAACCGGGUUGCGGAAAAGAUCUUGAGAAAUUUGACGGAUGAUUUUGAAAGUAUCGUGGUCACUAUUGAACAUACAAAGGAUUUGUCAACUCUCACUGUGGAGGAGUUAGCUGGAGCUGAGGUCCUGGCGGUAGAUGGCGAGGAGAACGGGGACGAGGUGGACGUGGCCGAGGUAAUUUUCGGAAUGAUAAUGAAGAGCAAACCGGUCAACAGAAUUGGUGUGACCGAGGACAAGGAAAAGGCUGAGGAGAUCUAUAAAAAUAGGGAAGAAGAAGAUGAAGAAGAGAUGAAGGCUGAUGAGAUUUCUACCAACUCGGUAUGGUAUCUAGAUACUUGGGCAAGCAAUCAUAUGUGUGGAAACAAGAACUUCUUUUAUAAACUCACCAAGGUGGAGGCCAAAUUUAUGUCUUUUGGAGAUGACUCCAAGGUGGCCGUGAAAGGGCGUGGAACAAUCCGACAUAUGCAGAAGAAUGGACGGGUUGGAGAGAUUAGGGAUGUUUACUAUGUUCCGGAGCUGAAGAGCAAUAUUUUAAGCAUGAGUCAGAUAAUUGAAAAAGGUAAUUCAAUUUUUAUGAAAAAUCAGGCGGGUGCAGUUUUGUGUGUGGUUACUGCUGUGUGUGGUUACUUUUGUGUGCCGGCCGUGGACCAUUGUCGUUGCUGUGGGAAGUUUCAAUGGAAGGGAAAAACCGAAGUGUAA